CUUUCGCAAAGGACCAUUCCGGCCAAGUGCCUGUUGGUAGGAGCCAGGUUGACGUCGGGUCUGGGGGUGCUCGUAGGUGGCAGUAGUUCAAGCCGGAGUUGGGGAAAAGCCCAAGCUGAGGAGACGCCAUGGACGACCAGGGCUGCCCCAGGUGCAAGACCACCAAAUACCGUAACCCUUCUCUGAAGCUGAUGGUGAACGUGUGCGGACACACUCUGUGUGAGAGCUGUGUGGAUUUGCUGUUUGUGAGAGGGGCUGGGAACUGCCCUGAGUGCGGCGCCCCACUGAGAAAGAGCAGCUUCAGGGUGCAGCUCUUUGAAGACCCCACUGUUGACAAGGAGGUUGAGAUUCGGAAAAAAGUACUAAAGAUAUACAACAAAAGGGAAGAAGAUUUUCCUAGUCUGAGAGAGUACAAUGAUUUUCUGGAAGAAGUGGAGGAAAUCGUCUUCAACUUGACCAACAAUGUGGAUUUGGAGAACACUAAAAAGAAAAUGGAAAUAUAUCAAAAGGAAAACAAAGAUGUCAUUCAGAAAAAUAAGUUAAAGCUGACGCGGGAACAGGAGGAACUGGAGGAAGCUUUGGAGGUAGAACGACAAGAAAGUGAGCAACGAAGACUGUUUAUACAAAAGGAAGAGGAGCUGCAGCAGAUUCUGAAAAGGAAGAACAAGCAGGCCUUUUUAGAUGAGCUGGAGAGCUCUGACCUCCCUGUUGCUCUGCUCUUGGCUCAGCAUAAAGACAGAUCUACCCAGCUGGAAAUGCAGUUAGAGAAGCCCAGAUCCAUGAAGCCAGUGACAUUUUCCACGGGCAUUAAAAUGGGUCAGCAGAUUUCAUUAGCACCGAUCCAGAAGCUUGAAGAGGCUCUUUAUGAAUACCAACCCCUGCAGAUAGAGACCUGUGGACCUCAGGUUCCUGAGCUGGAGAUGUUAGGAAGGCUUGGGUAUUUGAACCAUGUCCGAGCAGCAUCUCCACAGGAUCUUGCUGGCGGCUAUACUUCUUCCCUUGCGUGCCACAGAGCGCUCCAGGAUGCAUUCAGUGGGCUUUUCUGGCAGCCCAGAUAACGUGCAUUUUCUCAUUUAUAAGAUUUGGAUCUUGGAGCCAAACCAAGGGGCUUGAAAGUAAAGAGAUUUGUGACAUCCCAGUCCGCGCAGCCGCACAGCGGCACCGCCUCUAGUUGCUGUGUCAAGUGUUUAUUACAGUCUGGACCAAGCUGAGAAAUGUGCUGCAUAUGGAGUCACGGAAGAGAUUUAUUUUUUACUUCUAUUCUUCGGAGACAGAGCAAAGCAUUGAGCCUCAUCUGAUAGGAAAGAAAUAAAUGAUUUGCCUAUGUAUGGAGUUGGCUUAUGACACUUUUUAAAAAUAAAGCUUGACUUUAUGGUA